CGACACCGAAUCAUCGAACGUAAACAGAAUCCUGACUUCGACAUCAUCAACGACAGACUACGAGUGGAGGGGAUGCCUCUAUUCCAAGGUGACAUGGUCAUGGACGAAAACAUGAUCGCUAGAAUCCUGGAGGAUAAGUCAGUUCCAAGGAGAGAAAAAAGGAAAUUAAACCAACUUUGGCAAGCCUCAGAAAAGCGUCAAGGUAGAAGCAAACGAGCGGCUGUUAAAAGCGAGUACAGGAUUUGGGGAGACGGGGAGUUGAAGAAGUUCGAGGACGAGGACCUCACAGGAAUGAGUUACGGUGUUAUACCCUACGUGUACGAUCCACACAUGUCAGACUGGAAGCUGGAGAUGAUCGGCAAUGCUCUGAAACAGUGGGAGGACAGAACCAAGGAUCCCGACAGUGACAGGUACUGUUUGAAGUUUGUGCCCUGGGCAGGCGAAAAGAACUAUAUCAGCUUUACAAGCACCAAGGGUUGUUGGUCUAAAGUCGGUAAAAGUGUAUCACGUGGGGCACAGACCGUGGCUCUGGGACCCCAGUGUGGUUCUGUGGGUCUCAUGGCUCACGAGAUUGGGCAUGCUCUAGGCUUCUUCCACGAGCAGAGCAGACCGGACCGGGAUGAUUGGAUCCGGAUUAUUGAUGAAAAUGUGAGACCGGGGAGAAAUUACAACUUUGUGAAGUAUGGAGAUUAUCUGGUUGAUACCCGAAACGUAGAGUACGACUACAGCUCGAUAAUGCACUACAAGACAGAUGCGUUCUCCUGGAAUGGUAAGGACACAAUGGAGCCAGUGAAGGAGCUGGAGGAGGGUGUUGUGAUCGGACAGAGGGACGGAGCAAGUGAGAAGGAUGUGGAGCAGAUCAGGAGGAUGUAUGGGUGUCCGGGUGUUGUAAUGCCAGUCACACAAGCACCUACUACUACACCACCAGAGGUUCUGGAUGAGAUAGUGGCCCAGGGGAGCUGGACUUGGGACUGGAGAAAUGCAGAGUGGAUCUGGGUCGUGGAUUACCAAAUACACCACUGUGAAAUUUGUCAAUUUGUAAUCAAACGUGUUAUCUCUAUCAUCAAAUCUGUUCAGGAAACAAUGACACAGAACCUUCUCGUCUUUUGCCCCCUGUUCCUCAGUUUUAUUUAUAUGGGCCUUUGCAGACCAAGUAAAGGCCGACAAUCUAUCAGAAAAAAAUGGGAUAACGACUUUGAUUCCAUUAACGACAAGUUAAGGAUUGAAGGGCUUCCCCUCUUCCAGGGAGACAUGGUAAUGGAUGAGAACAUGAUAGCAGAAAUUCUAGCCGAUGAUUCCGUUCCCAGUAGAGAAAAGAGGAGAAUAAGUAGACUUUGGGAAGCCUCAGAAAAGAGAGAGGGAAGAAGCAAGCGAGCAGCCGUUAAGAGCGAGUACAAGAUCUGGGGAGACAAAACGUUGCAGAAGUUCGAGGAAGAUGGGGUUUCUGGAUCUUCCUACGGGAUAGUUCCUUACGUCUACGACCCCUACCUGGAAGAUUGGAAGAUGGACCUGAUCAAGAAAACCAUGAAACAUUGGGAAGAGAAAACCAAAAUACGCGGAAGCGAGAGUCACUGCAUUAAGUUCGUACCAUGGACUGGCCAGGACCACUACAUCAACUACGAGAACAUCGACGGCUGUUGGUCUAAAGUUGGAAAACGGCACAAGCCUGGCCCACAGACCGUGGCUCUGGGACCCCAGUGUGGUUCUGUAGGUCUCAUGGCUCACGAAAUUGGGCAUGCUCUAGGUUUCUUCCACGAGCAAAGUAGACCAGACCGGGACAACUUUAUCAAAAUCAAGGAUGAGAACGUGCGACACGGCAGAAGUUACAACUUUAUCAAGUACACUGAUUGGUUUGUAGACGCCCGUGAUGUGGAAUACGACUACAGCUCGAUAAUGCACUACAAGACAGAUGCAUUCUCCUGGAAUGGUAAGGACACAAUAGAGCCAGUGAAGGAGCUGGAGGAGGGUGUUGUGAUCGGACAGAGGGACGGAGCAAGUGAGAAGGAUGUGGAGCAGAUCAGGAGAAUGUAUGGGUGUGAGUUGAUCACAGAACCAACAACACCGGCACCAACUGUGGCAGCAGGAUACUGGAGUUGGAACGGGAGGAGAGGGAGAAGAAGCAAGUGGACCUGGGUCAAGGGUUGAGCACUGAGCAAUGUGAUCUGUGCUUCAGUUAGAUGCAAGUCUGGUAACAAGUUUUAAGCAACGAUCGAGUUUAAAAUUAGGUU